CUCCCGCCAAUAGCUGUCAUCUAAUUCAAAAGCAAACUCCUAAAGUAGAGACGAAUACAGAAAAGGAUGGAUUUUGAUUUGUUUGAAUUGGAAGAUGAUGAUAUUUUAUCAUCAGUGCAGAUCGCUCCUUCAGAGUGUGAGGCGACAGAAAAUCCUCUACCUUUUUUCAACUGCUUCGGAGAAGACUCCGCACAUACACUUUUUGCCAAAAAUUCAUUCAUUCGAAGUUCUUACCUGUUCAGCGAGAAAUUUCAUCUUCAAAAAGAGGUCGAAUUAACUGAUUGGAACUUUAACAAUAAUCACCUUAGUUCCGCAUAUAUUUUGGAUCAUCUUUUUAACGAAGCGAGGUUGCUGAUUCAGAGUCUAUGGGCUGAUAUAGAAGGUUUAAAAGAAGCAAAACUUCCAUCUUACUGGGAACGAAGGCGUCGAGUAACCAUAUUGUUGCACAUCAUUAGAUCGGGUAAAUUUCACAAAAGUUACGUUCAAAGUGGCCUAAAACUUGUACGGUCAAUGCUAAGCGGGGUAGUGAAUUUCAACAUGUUACAAAGAAUUUAUUCGGCAAACAGUAUUAAGGGAAAUGAGACGGACACCCCAUCUUAUCAUUUUCUGCAUGGAUUUUUAGAAUGGACUCUUAUAGAUUUAUUAAUUUUGUCCGAAGGAGAUUUUGAAGCAACCAUAGAAGAUAUUCAUGAUGAAUCCGCCUGUAGAAACUUAUCCUUCAAAAAUCAGUAUUUUGAUAUUUUGACGAAACUAUUGUUCUUAACGAUUCCUGUUUAUAAAAGAACAAAACUUCCUGUUUUAUUAUCCACAUCGCCAUUUCCAUGUACAUGCAUCAAAGAAGCUUGGCUAUUUCUUCAACUUCUUGCUGAAAAAGUCGAUGACAGGGAUUUCUUUUGGAAAUGUUUUAAUCAGGCAGUUGACGAUAUGCAAAAAAGACCAGAAAAAUAUGCUCUUUCAAUAGAGAAUAUACCAGAAGUUAUAGUUUUCCUACUGAAAGGACUAGUUCAACUUCAAGGGCAUAGAAUUGAUGGUUCAUUCGAAGGAACCUCUAGUCAUAGGGUGGUCGAAAAUUAUGGUCCAUUAGAGGACUUGGUGAAUUUAUUUUUGAAAAUGAACCCAGCUGAACAGCAAUUAAGGGUUUUUGUUUGUAUUUUAAUUCCUAUUUUGUUGGAAUGGUGGCCUCCAAAGAGUAAUAUUCCAAUGCUUCUAUGGGAAUAUUUUUAUAAAAAACUAAAUUCUGCAUUCUUCAUUGCUGGAUCUCCAUUAAACAACUUAGCGGUUUCUAGCUCUUCGGGUAAAGGCUACUUAUUAAAGAUGAAGGGGGUACUUGGAACUCAUUCUAUUGAUUUGAAUCAUUCAAGUUUCACAUGGUUCAUAGUAAUAUUAGGAAAAACUAUAAACAAAUUUGUGAAAUCUGGACACAAUAAUCAAGUGCAAAAAAUCCUGGGACGAAUUUACUCAAAAUUUAGCACAUCAAAAUUUUUGGCCUUGAAUGAAACCGGAAUUCAUCAUUUAAUUGAACUUUUUCUAAUGUUGGCUUUGAAUAUGGAGUCAAGCGAUCUUGUUGUAAAACUGCGCGAUAAAUUGCUGUCUAUUCCUUUAGAAAAGCUUACAUCAAAUCGGCAGUCAUGCCUCAUGAAAGGACAUUUGGCAAUGAUUAUAUUAUUCGCAGAGAGAUCUAUGGAUUUGAGCCAUUAUAUCAAACAUCUGCUGGAACAAAUUUCCGUUAUAAAAAAUGAGACGACAGUUGUAAAAUUAUUAGCAGAGGGACUUGGUGAUAUUUUCGAACAUGCCGAGCUUUUCGACAGAGGAGAACAUUUAUUGAUAGAUACCUGGCUACCAAGUUAUUUGAAUACGUGUACACCUGUCGAGCAGGAGCGUCUACUGGAGGCAUUUCAUAAUGUCCUACAAAAAAUUAAACUCAACAUUAGUAGAGGCGUUCACAGCAACACACAUAGUGAAAUUUUUGCUCAAGCCUUUUCAAAGCACAUUUUGCCAUUUGUAAAACAGAAUUUUCUAACAAGUUUUUCACCCCAGAUUCCUAAUCUGGCCGCUGACUUUUAUAUUAUAAAUGAGUGCGCGCCGAGAAGCAGUAGUAAUGAUCAGCUUCAAAAAUCGUUAUUGUUUUUUAUCGAGGCCAAUUCUAUCAAUAAACAAGCUGUGCCGCAAUUCUUACUCGGAAUACUAUCUUCUAACAAAGCAGUACUACUAGAUCAAUCAGUGAUAAUGAAAGUGUGGCUUAAAAGUUUGGUACUCUUAUCAGCAAACAAUGAAGACGUGAUGAAUUUAUCCAAAACCGUGGCUACCCUCAGUGAUUUCAAGUUUAUAAGUAAUUUAUCACCAGAAGAAAUUUUAUCAGCCAAAGAGCCCUUGUGUAUUUUCAUUUCAUCAGUUGGCAAAACAUAUUCAAAUUGUCAGGAUUUUAAUAAGAAAGCGACUAUCAGCAACAAAUUCAAUAGCUAUCUGGCAAAUUUCGACAAAUGGAUUAUAGACCGAAAUGAGAAGGCUGAAGUAUCAUUUCGGUAUUAUAGUUUUAUUGCGAUUGUCAUAUUUAAUUGUGCUCAAAUCGUCUACUCUAGGAAUAAAAGUUCGUGCUUCUUCCACAUUGCAAUGACUAAAUUCUUCCUUCCACAUACACUACAAAUUGGUAAGGCACCAGAACCAAAGUUCACACAAAUGGUGCAUAAGGUCUGGCCAGUUAUCAUUCAAGGAAUAGGUACAUUAAACUUUAAAACGGAUCCUUAUAUAAAUAAAACACUUGUGGAUCUAAUAGUGCGAUGGACACCUCACUUGAAAAUCUCUCAAAAUCCAAAAGUCGUAGCAAAACCGUUUUUGAAUGCUUUAAGUAUAGAAAAUGAACCCCUCUCAGCUUUUAUUAUGGAGAAACUGGCCUCGAGUUUUCUAACAACGCAGCGACGACAAUUAGGGCCGCAUGCUUGUUUGGUUAUAACAAUCUUCCAGGAGAUUAUUAAUGUCAAUACCACCAACGACGCUCAAUUAAUUAUAUUCGUCAAGCAAACAAGCAUCAUUUUAUUAGAACACCUGAUGUUAGUUGAUGAAAUUGUACCAAGUCGAAAUAUGAUCUUAAAUUUGCUACGCAAAAUAUUCGAUUCACCAGUAUACGGUUCACGUAAAGAAAUUAGAGAAAUAUUAAUUGAAACGCUGAAAGUUAUGGCGGUAAAGCAUUUAGCGUAUUAUACAUUCUUUUAUUUCGAUAUGUUAACAUCAGUAGCAAAUUUGAAAUACGACUUGGUAAUUGAGAUAAAAAGCUUUUUAGAAAGUCAGAUAGCAAUUGUAGAAGAGAAGCGCGGUGGCGGAGAAGACCAAAGUUUAAGAUCAUGCUUCCAGAAGUUCAAUAGCACCUUGGUAAAAAUAUCGACCGCAUUGUAAUAUUAGCCUAAUAAAAUUUUGAACUGAAAA